AUGAACUGGUCAAAAGGAGCAACUAGUAUAGAAGCAGAUGCGGUCGCUGAAGGUUUCAAAAAAAGUGUAGAAAUGCAUGGGUUAAAAUAUAAUAAAUUAAUUGGAGAUGGAGAUUCUAGUGUUACUAAAAGGCUACAAAAGGUAAUGCCAUACGGUCCAAAUUUUUUUAUUCAAAAAAUUGAGUGCCGUAACCAUUUAUUACGGAAUUAUGGCAAAAAAUUGACAGGAAUAGUAAAAAAUACAAAAUAUCCAAUUUCAAUUAGGAACCAUAUAAAAAAAAAUCCCGUACGAUUUCGAAGUGCCAUAACUAAGGCCAUGGAUUACCGCAGCAAGUUGCAAUGUGAGACAAAAGAAGAGAAAAUAUUUGGUAAGCGAGUUUAUUUUCCAUAA